UGCAGCCCCCUGGGUCAGCAACAUGAUACCACCCGCUUUCGCCAGCUAUUGUGUCCAGACCCCUUCUGUGAUGUGUGUAAUAGAGCAACUGCUGAGAUCAACCACCUGCUGUUCCCAGAUGCCCUGGAAGAUGCUACUCCUCCCCACUCUUCUUGGGCCUCCACAGCUCCCAUGACUGAGUCGUCAUUCACAAGGUCCACUCGCUUCCCAGAAGCUCCUCCUGGAGACCAAAUGCCAGUCUCUCAGCUUCUACCUUCCCCACCACCUCUCUCUGUUCCCUCACCUAAUCCACUGACCCCUUUAGAUGACUUUUUUGCAAAACCAAUGGGUUAUAGUCUCUCGCCAGAGCCUUUCUGUUCACUGGGCCCUGAAUUCCCAGCAGGCCAUUCUUCACCUGGACACCUUGCAUUUACUCAUAUACCCCAAUAUGACACUCAGAGAGUAGAUGCUUUGCUCCAACCAGAGACCCCUUUAGCUCUAAACAACAUCUUCUCAAUUGAUCCCACCCUUUCUCAAGGUAUCAAUACCUUACCAAAUAUGCCACGACCAAUGACUCCUGAUGACUCAUAUGCUUGUCAUCAUGGACCACCAACAGUGUCUGUUUCACAAUCAGGAGGUGGCACAUUAACUAAUACUACUGGUGGCAGGCUCAGGCCACAGACUGGUUACCUUCCACCAUGUCACGUGAUUCCAAUCAAGAGUUUCUUACCCUUCACUCUUCAGAGACCGCAUUUGCGGGAGACCCUGCUGCUCAUUUUAUAG